AUGCCUCCACGCUUUCUCACCAAUCCACCGCCCAAGACGGAGAGCGCGAGAGAGGCGCGGAAGUCCUUCUUCUGCGAACUAUGUCACAAGGGAUACAGCCGCAUGAAUGAGUAUGAAGCACAUCAGGGCUCGUAUGACCAUCAGCACAAGCAGCGUCUCAAAGACAUGAAGCACAUGCAGCGUGACCCCAACGCUGCCGACAAAGCUCGCCGCGCAGAACGCAAGGCGGAUGAGAAGUCCGGUCUCAUCACCAUCAAGCCACUCAAGCUCGGGUCAGCAACCGCUGCUAAAGGUGGCUUCAAAAAAGGAGGGUUCAAGAACGCAUUCGGCGCGCCACAACCUGACGAAGGGGAAGCCACAAAGCCCGCGAGCGGCUUCAAGAAGGCUUUUGGUGGAGAAGGAGAUAGAUCUAUAGUGAAGAAGACGGAUGAGAAGGGGAGCGACACCGACGAUUGCGGAUAUGAGUACUACGAUCCACGGAAGCCAACCGGUUGCGGGCCAGCUUGUGCUGGGAAGAGCACUUGA